AUGCGCGGCUUCGGCUCGCUCUUUGCACUGCAGCUCUUCACCAGGCUCCUCACCUUCGCUCUGAACGCGCUGCUCGCGCGGCGGCUCGGGCCGGCGUGGUACGCUUUUGCGAAUGUGCAGCUGCAGCUCGUGGGCGCCACCCUCCUCUUCCUGCCAAAGGAGGGCCUGCGCCGCGCCGCCCAGCGCAUCUACCCGGGCGGGGACGGCGCGCCGCUCGCGAGUGGCAUGAACGUGGCGUGGCUGUCGGCACCGGCGGCCGUCCUCGCCGCCCUGCUGAUGGCCGCGACGGCGGCCGCGACCGGCGUGAGUGGCGAGUGGGACGAGCUGAUGGGCGCCGCCGAGGCGCGGGCCGCGCUCGUCGUGGCCGGUGCAGCUGCGAUUAUUGAGGCGGCGAGCGAGCCCGGCUGGGUCUACGCGCAGGCCAAUGAGCUGCUUCCGCAGCGCGCCCUGGCAGAGGCGGCGGCCCUCGUCGCAAAGGCGGCGGUGACGGCGGCGCUCGUGCUGUUGGCUCUCCGCUCGGCCGCCUCCGCCAGACCGGCGGACGAGGCAGCGCCGCCCGCAGGCGUGGGCCUCGCGUUCGCCCUCGGCCAGCUUGCAUUUGGCGUCUGCUUUGGCGUCCUGCUGAGCGGGGAGUGGGGGCUCGUCGCGCAGAUGUGCGCGCAGGCGGUCCAAAAGUACGGCCUGACCGAGGGCGAGCGGCUGGUGCUCGUCGCAACCUCGCCGCUCACCUCGCAGGGCGUGUACGGUCUGGUGAGCAACCUCGGCUCGCUGCUCGCGCGGAUGGCGCCGCAGCGGCUGGAGCGAGGCGGCCUCUCCUCGCCACGCACUAGCCUCUUCGGCCUGGUCCUCCUCUCCUUCGGGCCGCCGCCGCCGUACUCGUGGCUCCUCCUCCGGCUGCUCUACGGGCCCGUCUGGGCCGCCUCCGAGGCCCCUCAGCUCCUCAGCCUCUACUGCGCCGCCGCGAGCGCUCCGCCCCCCGAGCUGCGCCGCAUCGCCGCCGCCACCACCGCCAUCGCCUUCGUCUACGGCGGCGCGGCGCUCGCGGGCGUGCGGCUCUUGCGCACCUCCGGCCUCGUGCUCGCGAACGUGCUCAACCUCGGGCUGCGCACCGCGCUCUCCCUCUCGCCCUCCUCUCACGCGGCGCACGUGGUCGUUGGCGUUGCAUGCCUCGGCGGUGUCGUCGCUGCCGUCGUCGCCGGCGAGCCAGAGCUGGCUGGCCGCUGCACGGCGCUCGCCAUCGGAGCGACGCCGUGA